AUAAAAUGGAUAAGAAAAUUAGUUAUAUUUUUAAAUACUGCUGAAAAUGAUAAACAAAUACAACUUUGUCACACAGGAUAGUCAAAUAACUUUCAUUUUUAGACGGUUAAUACCAUUAAUUACUUUAUCAAGUAAUUUGUUUUCAUUACCAAUUUUGGCAAAAGAUACGUUUCCACUUCACGCUGCAUCUUCUCGUCUUCAGUAGCUUUAAAUAUCACAUUUCUUGCAUCUUCAAUUUAUCAGCUAAGGGUUGAUUACAAUGUCUCUAUAGUAAUUAUCAAUUUGUUGCUUUUUCUGUAUCCAUUUGGUUGACUGUGUAAUGGUAUAGUUUCCCUCUUUGAUGCCAAAUGACAUGUUUUAUUGGUGCUCAGACUGAUGCUGGAUGUUGGGAGCCAGACUGCCUGGAAAACGGCAUCCAGGCGGAUGGAUUGAUGCCCAGAGACAAAACCUCUGGAAGAAUAAAUUCCUCCAUUGAGACCAGUUCUGGAAAUCACAUCCCUCAGGCCGUCUGUAUGAAGCUGGAGCCCACCGUCAUGGAUGUUAAGCAGAUGCUGGUGGUUAAAGAAGAAGACACAGAAGAUGAAAAUCCUAGUUCUGAUCUGCAUGACCCAAAACUCUACCACAUAAAGAAGGAAGAUGAGGAUGUCUGCAUCAGCCUGGGGGGAGAGCUGCACAAAGUGAAGGUGGAGUUUGAAAGUGGCAUAAAGUGUGAGGAUGGUGAACAGUCCCCCCUGCUCUCACAGCUUUAUCAAGACCAAAUGAAAGAUGGAGAAUUUUCAGAAAAAAACAGAGGAGAAUCCAUCAGGUCAGAAGAUCCUGGAGAUGAUUCCAACUCCUUAGAGUAUGAAGACACCGAAAGAGAUGAAGAUGUAAAUCACCCUGUCUCUGAAAUGAAAGACUUAUCAGACUCCGGACUGGAAACUAAGGACAUGGACAAUGGCUGGAAGGAGAGCAGAGCUCCUGAGUCAGAUGGAAACCAAGCUAACAAACAAGAUCCAGAAAUAGUCUCUCCAAACUCUCUGGAUUUUAAGAAAUGUUUUAAAAAGAACAAAAAUGUUAACCCACAAAGGAAGGUACAGACAGGAGGGGAAUUUAACUGUGAAAACUGUGGCAAAAUCUUUUUUGGAAAAUGGAAUUUAAAUGCACACAUGAGAAUCCACACAGGAGAAAAACCUUUCUGUUGUGAUGUUUGUGGAGACAGAUUUAGCCAUAGUUCACAUUUAAACACACAUAUGAGAAUUCAUACAGGAGAAAAACCUUUCUGUUGUGACAUUUGUGGGCACAGAUUUAGACAAAAAUCACUUUUAACCACACACAUGAGAAUUCACACAGGACAGAAACCAUUCUGUUGUGAUUUUUGUGGACACAGAUUUAGCCAUAAAUCUAGUUUAAUCACCCACAUGAGAAUCCACACAGGCCAAAAGCCUUUCUGUUGUGAUCUUUGUGGAAAUAGAUUUAGCCGCAAAACUACCUUAAACAAACACAUGAGAAUCCACACAGGACAGAAACCAUUCUGUUGUGACGUUUGUGGACACAGAUUUAGCUGUAAGUCACAUUUAAGCAGACACAUCAGAAUCCACACAGGACAGAAAAUAACUGUGGUAUGACGACUCAAACUGCACAACUCCAGUUACUUGUGAAAUAUUUAUUUGUUGGCAUUCAAGGCAACAGUCUUCACUUUUAAUCUUAAAACGUUUUAUUUAAGUAGCAGAUUUGUUUAGUUGCAUGACUGGUAGCUUAUUAGCCAAGUAAUCUGUUGCUUAGACUGAACUGUAGCACAGGUGCGUUUGAAGUUCAUGCGUUUCUCCAAGGUACAAAAAUUGAAUUGUUUGUGUGAUGCCCCAAGAUGUCAAUGCUACCCAGUGGUGGACAAAAUACUCAAAAAAUUUACUUAAGUAAAAGUACAAAUACACAGACAAAAAUGU